AGCCAAAAGAACAAGCAAGGUGGAAAGAAGAAGAAUAAUUCCCCUGCAAAGACCAAUAACGAUCAAACGGACAGACAUCCUAGCACAUCUUCAUCCGGUAAACCAUCUUUGACCCCAAACGGUAUCAAAGCGGGCAUCGCUGGUGGACAAAGUCUUGAUUUCAUCAAAGGUGCAAUUGGCUGGUAUACCGAAUGGACUCCAAAUCCAUAUGGUCAAACGCCAAAAAAUGUCGCUUUCGCAACAAUGAUGUGGGGUCUCGGAUGGACAGACCACGAUAAUGACUGGCAACGCUUUCAAGAUUUCAAGAAGAUCAAACCAGGCACCUACAAAUACGUCAUUGGCAUGAACGAAGCAGAUUUUAAAGGUGGUGGCAGUAGCGGUGUGAUUCCAACUGACAAAGCUGCUGAAGCAUGGGACCAGUACAUUGCACCCCAUGGAAGGGCUGGAUCUCUGCUCAUUUCACCUUCGUGUGCUAAACAAGCCGAUGAAACUUGGAUGGGUCCCUUCUUGAAAAAAGUUAAAACAAAACCAGAUGUUGUAAAUGUACACAUCUUCAAGAACAAAGCAAGUCAGAUCAAAGGAGUUUUGGAUCAUUACGCUCAAUAUGGGUAUCCUUUAUGGGUCACAGAACUUGCUUGCAUCAAUUACUCAAACGGUGCUCAUGAUCCUUGCAAUCAAAAUGAUGCAGAAGAGUUUGUACGAGAAGCUGUCAAAAUUCUUGAAGCAGAUGAUCGUGUCAAAGCAUAUGCUUGGUCAGAUGCCAACAAUGGACCUGCUUGCAAAUUGACUCAAGCCGGCGGAAAACAGCUUUCUAAGACCGGUCAAACG